GAACUUUCUAACGUCUGCUUUUAAAAAAGAAAAGGAGAGUUUCAUUUUAUUUAUUUAUUUUAUAUAUAACGUUUUCUCCGCUUGUGAAGGUGAAAGGCGUCCGUGAGGUUUUGUCCGGCCACAGUUAGAGGAUGACGGAGGAAGCUUGGCGAUAAAGACGCAGAAGGAAAUUAAGCUUAUCGUGUGUGAGAGCUUCAGAGUGACGGACAGAAGGACGCCAGCAUCCAGAAGCAAUGAGAGAGACUCUUCAUGGUUCUAGGAUGGAUCAAUGCUCUUCAAAGGACAUUAUGCUGCUGUUCAAGAUUCCUUGUGGCAGAUCUUUGGGACCUUAACUCAGAGGGAUCGUGUUUUACCAUCUUCAGCAGCUGUGACCAUCAGUGUUGGAACAGAGGAGCUGGACUCUCUCUGGAUGUUAACAACACCUGAAAAGGAAGAAAUAAAAAUAUAAACGCUAUCCUAGUGUGUAUUUAUCACACAGACAAGCUGACAGACAGCCAGAGAGAACAAAGUGACAAGGUGAUAGACCCUGAAAUCCUUUGCACUCACGCAGGUCACAAUGCCAGACAAGUCCCAAGGUUUCCAGGACAAGAAGAGGCCUGGAGCAGAAGCAUCGCAGGUGUCCUUAGUGCCGGACAUUGUUGUCAUUUCCAGUGAUGGGGAGGGCAAAAACACUGGAGGUAAUAUCCUGGAGCUUGAUGAUUUCAGUCACGCAACAAACAAGUUAAAACAUUCUGCACAAAGCGGCGACGUUGACAUUUUACAAGGAAGUGACACCACAGGAAGUCUUGCUGUUGGGGACCAAUCAGGACGUGUUGUUUCCCAGGUUCCAGUGGAGGUGGGCGUGGCAAAAACAACACAGGCCCCCGAACCUCUUAAGACCAAUUCUUUGUUGAGGGGAACAGGUGUGACCCCGCAGAGUACGGACAAUGAUGCUCCGGUCAGCUCAUCCAGUGAGAAGCUACAAAAUGACAACAGUGAUUCGGACUACAGCAGCACAAAGUCCAGCCCUGGCUACGCCUGCACUAGUUUCAGCACAGAUCUCUGUGGUGAGGAUUUAUCUGAGCUCGAUGGAAGCUCAUUUGAAAAGACUAAUUCUGUCUCUGCUGUCAAUCUGUCUGAAUCCAGUUUGAAUACUUCCUGUUCUGACAAAACCAAUAAAAAUAGUCCAGAUGAUGAAAGGGGCGACUGCGAUAUAGACUUAUCUGCUAAAUCGAAACCAAAGAACUCACUCAAUGGCACUUCGGCAGCAUUCCCUGAUUUUUCUUCCCAAGUCAACCAAAGCAGAGACAGUAUCGAUGUCAGGUGGCACGAGGACGACGGCGACAGGCGAAGCACUCGGUCCAGGAGAAGUGUGAAGGAGGGGGUGUGUUGCUGCUAUCAGGCUUUCCACAGAGCUUUUCUGCGCUGUGUGGAGGAGACUCCAGCCAUGCUGCCUGGACUGGUGCUGUCUUUGCUCUUCUGUGUGGCCAUCAUCGUCCUCAUUCCCACCACAGGCAGGAACAUUGACUUUCAUGUAGGUGCGCUGUCGGUAGUUUGCGUGGUUCUUUGUCUGAGUGUCGUGCUACUUGUCUGCCUGCCCUGGCUGGCCACGGUGAGGCGCUGUGGAGGAGCACUGGCCCUCUUUGUCUGGGGAACACUAUACAUCACUGCCAUAGUCUUCAUCUUCACAGGAGGGCCUGUUACAACAUGGGAACAGGUCGCAUUUUUCCUCUUCCUCUCUCUAAGUGUGUACACGGUGCUGCCUCUCUCUCUGGCCUGGGCCCUCAUGGUCGGGAUAGGGACCAGUGUUUCACACAUCAUCAUCAUCAGUGUCUACGUCCCUGUUACCAGCCCAGAGACACCCGAUCUGGCUGUGCAGCUGGUGGCGAAUGCUGUGCUGUUUGUGUGCGUAAACUGCAUUGGAAUUUUUCACCUGUGGAUGACCGAACAUGAUCUCAGGAUAUCCAACCAGAAGAGAGAAGAGUUCAGCGCAAUACGCUCCCAGAAGGAUAUAAGCAAAUAUCAGCAGGAGCAGCUUCUCCUGUCGGUGUUGCCACGGUACAUUGCCAUGGAGUUGAAAACGGAGGUGAUAAAGAGGUUGUCCAAGCCCAAGGGUGAUCAGGAGAACGAAUCCAACUUCCACAACUUUCACAGCCUUUAUAUACGGCAGCACAAAGACGUCAGCAUCCUGUAUGCCGACAUCGUGGGCUUCACAAAGCUGGCGAGUACGUGCUCACCAGAGGAACUGGUUGCAGUACUCAAUAAGCUUUUUGGUAAAUUCGACGACAUCGCCAAGAAGAAUGGAUGUCUUCGCAUUAAGAUCCUGGGUGACUGCUACUAUUGUGUGUCAGGUCUGCCUGACCCCAUUCCCACCCAUGCCAGGAACUGUGUCCAGAUGGGCCUGGACAUGUGCACUGCCAUCAGUAAACUGCGAGAGGCGACAGGGGUUGAGAUUAGCAUGCGAGUAGGCGUCCACACCGGCAACGUGCUCUGUGGUGUGAUCGGUUUGCAGAAGUGGCAGUACGACGUGUGGUCGCAUGAUGUGACUUUAGCCAACCACAUGGAGUCGGGAGGCCUUCCUGGGCGAGUCCACAUCACAGAGGAGACACUGCAGCACUUGAAUGGAGCGUACCAAGUGGAGACUGGGGAUGGAGGGAGUCGGGAUCCUCUUCUUACAGGGAGGAAAACGUACCUGGUGAUUGACCCCCACAAGCCAGACAGUAUUUCUAGAAGGCCUAAACUGGCGAACAGUCUUGCAUCAGGAGAGAACAGGCAGCGGGCGUCGGUCCGGAUGUCUCAGUAUCUUCAGUCCUGGCAUUCCAUCCACCCCUUCGCAGACCUGAGCAACCCCGAUGCCAAGUCCUCCAAGAAGCCAAUCAUCCCCACCAAUGUUGUCAUGAACCAGUCGCAGCUGUCUGCGGAAAGGCCACCUUUUCAGAACAACCCCAACUGUCUGGUCGUCGAUAAUGGUGUCAGGGGAUCACUGGACACUUUGGACACUGCAGGGAGGAGAGCGAAGAAGCUCAACUGUCUGACUCUGCUGUUUAAUGACCUCAGCUUAGAGAAAAAGUUUCGCUUUUCAGAAGUGAAGGGUUUGCACCACUCGCUGAGCUGCAACGCUUUGAUCUUUGUGACUUUCUUCGUUGUUCAGAUGCUUGUCUCUAUAAGGAACUUUGAGAUGGCAGUUUCCUACGGUGCGACUUUUCCAGUGUUUGUGCUGCUUCUGUCCGUCGCUUUCACUGGAUACCUGGAGAAAUGGCGCUCCAAGAUGCCGUUGAGUGUCCAGUGGAUAUCUGGGCUGUCCCGCGGCGUCUCCACCAGGGCGGCGCUGCGGGUGUUUGUGGUCACUCUGUGCACGCUCAUCACCCUGCUCAUGGCCAUCCUCAACUUUUUCUUCCUUCCAGGAAACAACUGCACCUCGAUCGCUAACAGGACGGAGUUGGAAGCUCUUAAACUCUACACCGUGCCUUACUACCUGUACUGCUGCCUGCUGGCCAUGCUGGGAGUGAUUGUGUUCACCAGGACGUGCUUUUCUAUCAAAGCGCUGCUGCUCACCCUGGCUGUGGUGGUCUACCUUGCCCUCUUCCUCCACGUUUACGCUCCGAGGUCAACCUGCCUUAUUGGCCUGCUUUAUGACAAUGGCACCAGGCCCGGUGUGCUGAAGGACCCUCAAAUCAUGUCUGGGGUUUGGCUGGUCAUCUUUUAUAUCGUAUGCCUCAUUCUGGCCAGACAGGACGAGUUGGGUUGCCGUGUAGAUUUUCUGCUGGAGCGUUGUUUCAGGACAGAAAGAGAAGAGAUGGAGACCAUGGAGAACGUCAACAAGCUCCUCCUUCAGAACGUUCUGCCGCAUCAUGUCGCCUCCUUCUUCAUGGGCAAAACCGUUCGCAACCAAGACCUGUACAGUCAGUCAUAUGACUGUGUGUGCGUGAUGUUUGCAUCGGUGCCUCAGUUCAAAGAGUUUUACAGCGAGAGCAGCGCCAACCGCGACGGACUGGAGUGUUUGCGCUUCCUCAAUGAAAUCAUCGCAGACUUUGAUGAGCUGCUCUCUAAGCCUAAAUUCUCCUCAGUGGAGAAGAUUAAGACGAUUGGCAGCACAUACAUGGCUGCUGCAGGGCUGACACACUCACCGCAAGGGGAUGACAGAAAGAAAGUUGACUUGUCCUACAGCCAUGUGCGCUCCAUGGUGGAGUUUGCCAUCGCUCUGAUGGGAAAGCUGGAGCUUAUCAACACACACUCUUUUAACAGCUUCAAACUCAGGAUUGGAAUAAAUCAUGGUCCGGUCAUAGCAGGAGUUAUUGGAGCCCAUAAACCUCAGUAUGAUAUCUGGGGGAACUCUGUUAAUGUGGCCAGCAGGAUGGACAGCACUGGAGUGCUGGACAAGAUACAGGUGACCGAGGAGACGGCCCAGAUGGUCCAGAGCGUGGGCUACAACGUCACUCUGAGAGGAAAAGUCAACGUGAAGGGCAAAGGGGAACUCACCACCUACUUUGUUAACACGGACCAGUCGUCUCCUCAGUUCUGAUCAGACUGUAACUCACAGCGCAGGCCUGGAUCCAGACAUGAACUCUAAAACGUUGUUUUAAUAAACCUGAUGUAGGUUUUUGCAGCUAACCUGACACUACAUGACUCAUUCUGGUUUUCCCACAGAGAGAAACACAAUCAGUGGCAAGGACUUUAAAUAGAAAACCGCUGUAUGUUCAAGCAGGCCUGCAGUAAUUACAAACGCCUGCACUGACUCAGCGCUAAAAUGGAGACCUGUUAAUCAUUUACAUCUACAGAGUGGCUGCCUUUGUCUUCUGGAUAAGACACUAAAAUCAAGCCACGCUGGUUGAAAGAAGACAUGAGAAUACUACCGGCAACUGAAAGCAUCGCUUUCUACAAAUGGACCACUCAACGGCCAGCCAUCAUGCUGUACUGUAUCUAUACUGUCAUGUGAAACUACAGUAGACACUUUUUGCUGUAUUAUUCUGAAGACGUUAUCUACAAUCUGCUCUUUUUUUUUUUUUUUGGUACACUUGUCAGUCACAUGCAUUGUCCUGUUGCAAAACAAUGUAAAUGCAUAUGGUUAUUUGAAGGAAGAAGAAAAGGUACCAAAGAUUUCUGUUGUUUAAUGAAGGAUCACGUAGAAGUAGCUCAUGCCUCACGUAUGAAAUGUGACAAUUUUCUUUAGCAUAUACAGGAUUAUAUUUUGGGUUAUUUAUGCUUCUUUCACUGUAGUGGUACAAAACAUUCAGCACCUAUAAAAUGCAGCAUCACUUUUCACCGCAGACAUUUUGAAUCUUAAUGCCUUCUGUAAAAAAAAAAAAAAAAAAGGUCUUCUUGUGCAACUUGAAGCAGAUACUUGUCUUCACCUCUUGAGAUAGACUUAAAGGACUGCAAGACCAUUAAUGGGAUCAGAAAGAAAGUGUAUUUGUAGUGUGUGAAACGUAUUUAUUUUUGAGAUUGUUCUUGUUAAAUCCAGAUGUGCUUUAAUUGAGAAAUCCUGAUUAGGUAUAACUAUUCUGCCACAUAAGAAUAUUGAAAUGAUAAAACCUGGAAAGGGAAAACCACUCUUUGGUUAAACUUCCCAUAGCUGUGUGCAACCAGUUACCAAGGGGGCUUCAAGCUGAAAAGUUUGGGAGCUCCUGGAAUCAGAGAUUUAAUGCAACCAUGCAGGUAUAAAGUGAAAUACAUAAAUAAAGUGAUAUAAAAUUAUCUCUUUUUUCACUAUCGAAACUGACAUUAUUUAUUCAGUGACACAUCUGCAUACGAGUGAAAUGAUGCCAUGAAAACUUAGAUGAUGCACAUUUGACAUUGCACUUUCUAAUUUAUUGUAUGUAUUAAGGGAUUUCUGCAUUACGAUCCAUUCUUGACUGUGCACAGAGUAUUUUUUCAUUUUCUGUUUGUGUAUUUCUGUGAGGGAUGAUGAGAGGUGUGAGCUCGAGUAUGUUCAUUAUAGGGAAAUAUUUUUCUAUUUAUUUAUAAAUUCAUUAAAAAAAUAAAAUAAAAUACAGCCUC